UACGGUGUGAGCUACUAAGCUUGGUUCAGGCGGCACGGUUCUUGAUGUCCAUCCUCACCAAUCCUGCUUCACCCAUCUUCUCCAAAGCAUUAGAGAUCAAGAAUUUCCUCGCCAAUGGCGUCAACUGCUUCAAGCAGCUCAAGCAUAUCCAUUGCCGCCUUCUCCGCCUCCAUCUCGACCAAGAUAACUACCUUCUCAAUACGCUCUUAUCUUGCGGCUUGGAUUCUGGUUGCACAAAUUAUUCUAAACUUGUAUUUUCUCAAGCCAAAGAGCCCAAUAUUUUCCUAUGGAACACGAUGAUUCGUGGCUUGGUUUCCAAGGAUUGCUUCGACGAUGCCAUCGACGUUUAUGGGUCGAUGCGUAGAGAGGGGUUUUUACCCAAUAAUUUCACUUUCCCUUUUGUUUUAAAAGCUUGUGCUAGGAAAUUGGAUAUUCGAUUGGGAGUGAAGAUUCACACUCUUGUGGUGAAAGCCGGUUUUGAUUAUGAUGUGUUUGUGAAGACCAGUUUGCUUUCUUUGUAUGCAAAAUGUGAUAAUCUGGAGAAUGCACUCAAGGUGUUCGACGAUAUGCCUGAUAAAAAUGUGGUCUCUUGGACUGCUAUUAUCACUGGAUAUAUAGGCAGUGGACAGUUUAGAGAAGCCAUUGAUGCAUUCAAGAGGUUGCUUGAAAUGGGAUUGAGGCCUGAUAGCUUCUCUCUUGUCAAAGUUCUGUCUGCCUGCGCUCAGCUUGGGGAUUUCACUAGUGGUGAGUGGAUUGAUAGAUAUAUAAGUGAUUGUGGCUUUGUUAGAAAUGUUUUUGUAGCUACUUCUUUGUUGGAUAUGUAUGUUAAAUGUGGAAACAUGGAGCGAGCUAAUCUGAUAUUUAAUGCUAUGUCGGAGAAGGAUAUUGUUUCUUGGAGUACCAUGAUUCAAGGCUAUGCUUUCAAUGGAUUGCCUAAACAAGCGCUUGAUCUUUUCUUUCAAAUGCAGUCUGAAAAUUUGAAGCCUGAUUGUUAUGCAAUGGUUGGUGUUCUGUCUGCUUGUGCAAGGCUAGGAGCUUUAGAUUUAGGCAUUUGGGCUAGCGGUCUAAUGGAUCGACACGAGUUCUUGUCGAAUCCAGUCCUUGGUACUGCUUUAAUCGACAUGUACUCUAAAUGUGGUAGUGUGACUCGAGCUUGGGAAAUCUUCCGAUCGAUGGAGAAGAAAGACCGCGUAGUUUGGAACGCCAUGAUAGUCGGGCUGUCCAUGAAUGGGCACGCCAAAGCUGUGUUUUCAUUGUUUAGCCUCGUGGAGAAGCAUGGAAUUCGGCCUGACGAAAACACCUUCAUUGGCCUGCUCUGUGGGUGCACUCAUGGCGGUUUUGUCGAUGAGGGGCGUCGAUAUUUCAAUAGCAUGAAGCGGGUGUUUUCGUUGACCCCUUCGAUUGAGCAUUAUGGAUGUAUGGUGGAUUUGCUUGGACGAGCGGGGUUAUUAGACGAGGCUCAUCGGUUGAUAAACAGCAUGCCAAUGCAGCCUAAUGCUGUUGUUUGGGGAGCCUUGUUGGGUGGAUGUAGGUUGCAUAGAGAUUCCCACUUGGCUGAACAAGUACUUAAGAAACUUAUUGAGUUGGAGCCAUGGAACUCAGGAAACUACGUUCUGUUAUCAAAUAUUUACUCUGCAAGUCAUCGAUGGGAGGAAGCUGAAAAGAUCCGUUCAGCGAUGAAGGAGAAGCGGAUCCAGAAGAUCCGUGGCUGCAGUUGGAUUGAGAUCGAUGGGAUCGUUCACGAGUUUCUAGUAGGAGACAAAUCACACUCGUUGUCCGACAAAAUAUAUGCAAAACUUGAUGAACUGGGGAGAGAAUUGAAGGCAGUUGGUCAUGUUCCAACUACAGAAUUUGUUCUUUUUGACAUAGAAGAGGAGGAGAAGGAACAUUUCCUUGGUUGCCACAGUGAGAAGCUAGCUGUGGCAUUUGGUUUGAUAAGUUCUCCUUCAAAUCAUGUUAUUCGUGUUGUUAAAAACCUCCGUGUAUGUGGUGAUUGUCACGAGGCCAUAAAGCUAAUUUCCAAGAUCACUGGAAGAGAGAUCAUCAUAAGAGAUACCAACCGGUUUCAUACAUUUAUCGAUGGUUCUUGCUCGUGUAAAGAUUAUUGGUGAAAUUUGGAUUAGAAGCGUACCGGGCACGACAUUUCCUACGCAUACAAACUAAUUCUUAAAAAUCAAGACGUGCGUGUACAAGUUGAAGCAACAAUCAUGGCAACAGGAAGAAUAUGAAAUUGGUACGCAUUUUGGAGUUAUAUUAUAUAUAAGAUUGAGUUGAGAGUUUGUAUCCUGUAAUGGCGGCCGACAAAGCUAAA